ACCCAGUGUGUGUGUCACCCUCCUGACCUCUAUGUACAGUCUGUUGUCACUUCCUUCUCACGUACAAUUAGUAAUUAAUAUAUUUUUUUUUUUAUUAUUACAACACCUCAAUAUGUAAUCAUAAAAAGCAAAUAAUAAAACAAUAAUAAAAAGCCAAAUUAAAUACAGUCAGCAGCUAAAAACUUUACAUGUGAUUUAUCAUCAAAGAAAAAAAAAAAAAAAAACAAAUUUCGAAAAAUUAAAUCGAAAUAAUGGCGGACAAUAAAAGAUGAUUAUAUAUCUCUCACAAAUGUCUUUGAUAUUUAACGACAAUAUCAAAAAUAUUAUUAACAUAAAUAAAAGUCAUUUUUCUAUCAAUUUUUAUAAUUAAUUAACAACAUGAAUUAAUUAGCAAUGUCAAAGAUUUCUUUAAAUAAACAAGUGAAUAAAUUGUUAAACAAUACCGGCUUAAAUUAUUUCUAAAUAAAAAAAUAAUUUGCAUUAUGUUUAUUUAUGAUUAAUAAAUAAAAAAAAUAUAAAAAUAAUAAUUAAAUAAUUAUUUUUUAAUUAGGCUGAAUUAAUUUAAUUAAUAAUGGGUAAUAAAAAUAGUUGUUGUGGUUAUUCAAGUCCUCAAAGUAGUAGAAAAGAACUUGGUAAUGAUACUGGUGGUAAAAGUUUUGAGGAACAUUUACCAGAAGGUGAAUUUAGUGUUACAAAUUUACAACAUAUUAGUGAACGUGAACCAGAAGAUUGGGACUCUGAUCCAUCAUUACAUCCAUGUGCUGGAACAAUAUUCAUGGAAAGAUCAAAACAAGCUAUUGAAAAUGGUAUGGUGAGAAAAAAAAGUCAACAUCAAAUUGCUGAUACACGACAAUUAAAAAAAAGCAGUAGUUGUAGUACAAUAUAUCUUGAUGACAGUACAGUAUCACAGCCAAAUUUAAAAAAUACAGUAAAGUGUGUUGCACUUGGUAUUUAUUAUCAUAUUAAAAAUCGUACAUCACAAAGACAAAUUGAUAUAUUUGAUGAAAAAAUUCAUCCAUUAACAAGAGAUGGUAUUGCUGAUGAUUAUGAUAAACAUAAUCCAGAACACAAACAGAUAUAUAAAUUUGUUAGAACUUUAUUUAAUGCUGCACAGUUAACAGCUGAAUGUGCAAUAAUAACACUUGUUUAUCUUGAAAGAUUAUUGACAUAUGCUGAAAUUGAUAUAACACCUGGUAAUUGGAAACGUAUUGUACUUGGUGCUAUUCUAUUGGCAUCAAAAGUUUGGGAUGAUCAGGCUGUAUGGAAUGUUGAUUAUUGUCAGAUACUUAAAGACAUUACUGUUGAAGAUAUGAAUGAAUUGGAAAGACAAUUUUUAGAAAUGUUGCAAUUUAAUAUAAAUGUACCAUCAAGUGUUUAUGCAAAAUAUUAUUUCGAUUUACGAACACUUGCUGAAGCAAAUGAAUUGACAUUUCCAAGUGAACCAUUGAGCAAAGAAAAAGCACAAAAAUUAGAAGCAAUGUCACGAUUGUAUGAGGAUAAAGUUACAACUGAAGUACUACAAAAUGGAAUUAAAAAAUGGUCGAGUUUGGAUAAUAUUUGUGUUGGUGGUCCAAGACGUAGUAUCGCUAUUCUAUCAUAAAUACCAAACACAUCGACAUUCCAAUUUUUAUUUUAAAAAAAUUUAUCAAUUAAUUGUUACUAAUUCAUACCGAAGGUAUAAUAAUUUUUUUUUUUUUUAUCUCUUAAAAUUUUAACUGCGAUAUUAAUUGUUUUUUACAACUGUCCAAAUGAAGAAAAAAACGAAAUUACGUGGCAUUUGCAAUUUUUUAAAAACUUGAUUUCAUUUACGAUUUUUAAAUUAAUUAAUUUACAAAGACUUGUAAAAAAAGAAAAUAAUAAUAUACGUAAAUAAGUGAUUUUUAAUUUUUCUCAGUAAUAUCAACAAUAAUCAUUUUAGUCAAUUAAAAGUAAAAAAAAAAUAAAGAAAUCUUAUUGUUAAAUAAAAUUUUAAUCUGCUUUUUUGUAACUGCAUGCUCAUUAUUAAUAAAUAAAUAAAUUUUUCAUCAAUUAUAACGAGAGUAGUAAAUACUCUGAAAGUAUUUACGAAGAUAAAUAAAUUGUCCAUGAUAAAUUUGUAUAAAAAAAAAAAAAAAUAUCCAGCGACAAAAAAAAUAAUGGGUCACAAAAUAAAUAAAAAAUAUUCAACUUUUUAUAUUUUUGUAAGGCACAAUAUUAUAACUGUAGGAAAUAAAUUAAUUUCUAUUAAUACAUUUUUUUUUUUUAAAUCAUCAAACGUAAUUAACAAUAAUUGAAAUUUUAUUUAUCACAUUUUUUAUUAUUAUUAACAAAUAAACAAAAAUAAAAAACAUUUUAAUUCAACAUUUUUUUUUUUUUUUAAAUAAUUAUUUGUAUUUUUAUUGUCUAAUUUUUUGUACAGGCAAAAUUAUUAUUAAAUUAUUUUUUUUCUUUCUAGUUUAUUUGUAAAAUUUAAAAAACAAAAAACUAGAAUUGAGAAUUUAAAAAAAAAAAUGAAUGCAAUAACAAAGAAAUUAAAAUUAGAAAAAAAAAAUUGUAACUAUUGACAUAAGAAUUUUUUGUUUAUAACUAUUAAUGGUUUUAAUAAAAUAAUUUGUACUUAAUUACAA